CACGCGGGGGUGAAGGCGGUUGGGAGGAGAAGUCGCUCGAGCGGGGAAGCGGCGGCCGUUAGGAAAAUGGCGCCGUGCGGCCCGGGGCAGACCCCCGUCAUUGGUCACCGCCGCCUUCCUGGCGCAGCUGCUGUGUCACGGCCACACCGGCCGGCUGUACAGCAGGCAGGAGCCGGUGACCAUUCUGGAGGCGGAUGGGGUUAAGGCCCUGUUUGGGAACUGGUCGGCCGCCUGGGUGGUGGAGUUCUACUGGUCGUGGGGCGGCCCCUGUGUCAACUAUGGGGCCACCUGGAAGGUACUGGGCCCGGGAGGUGAAAGAGUAUUUGAAGAUCUGAAGACAGGAGUUUCAAAAUCAACAGAUGAACAGCUUAUGCUUGAAACGUAGACUCUUCUGAUCCUCAGAUGCUGCCUGACCUGCUGUGCUUUGCCAGCACUGCACUUUUCGACUCUGACUCUCCAGCGCCUGCAGUCCUCACUUUAACGUCAAUGUCUGACACUCACUCAAUCCAUUGGGACUGCAACAGUUUUCAACUAUGAUUCUGUGAGAAGGAGCAAAGCUUUGUGGUUCCAGUUUGAGUACGUUUUUAGCAUCAGUGGGACUGGAUGAGAGACCCUACCGUUGCAGCCUGAAUCAGUUAUACAGCCUGGAAAGAGGAACUCACGGUGGGGAGAGGCUCCACACGUAUUUCUGUGCAGCUGAAGCUUCGGCCAUGGAGAAACCAGAGGAAUCUCGCCCUGUGGAGAAACCGUGGGAGUGUAGCGACUGCGGGAAAGGCUUCCGUUUCCCAUCGGCCCUUGAGACUCAUAGGCGCAGUCACACGGGGGAGAGGCCCUUCAGUUGCCCUGAGUGCGGGAAGGCUUUCAGCGAUUCCUCUGCCCUGCUGAAGCACCAGCGGGUCCACACAGGGGAGAGGCCCUUCAGCUGCCCCGUGUGUGGGAAGGCCUUCAGCAAUUCCUCUGCCCUGCUGAAGCACCAGCGGAUCCACACAGGGGAGAGGCCCUUCAGCUGCCCCGAGUGCGGGAAAGCCUUCAGUGACUCCUUCCACCUGAUGAGGCAUCGGCAGGUCCACAUGAGGGAGAGGCCCUUCAGCUGCCCCGAGUGCGGGAAGGCCUUCAGCAAUUCCUCUGCCCUGCUGAAGCACCAGCGGAUCCACACGGGGGAGAGGCCCUUCAGCUGCCCCGAGUGCGGGAAGGCCUUCAGCAAUUCCUCUGCCUUGCUGAAGCACCAGCGGGUCCACACAGGGGAGAGGCCCUUCAACUGCCCCGAGUGUGGGAAAGCCUUCAACGAUUCCUCCAAUCUGCUGACCCACCGGCGGGUCCACACGGGGGAGAGGCCAUUCCCCUGCACAGAGUGCGGGAAGGCCUUCAGGUAUUCUUCUCAGCUGCUGACUCACCAGCGGGUCCACACGGGGGAAAGGCCCUUCAGCUGCCCCGAGUGUGGGAAAGCCUUCAACGAUUCCUCCAACCUGCUGACCCACCGGCAGAUCCACACGAGGGAGAGGCCAUUCCCCUGCCCCGAGUGUGGGAAGGCCUUCAGCAAUUCCUCUGCCCUGCUGAGGCACCGGCUUGUCCACACGGGGGAGAAGCCCUUCAAAUGCCCCGAGUGCGGGAAGGCCUUCAACGAUUCCUUCAACCUGCUGUCCCACCGGCGGGUCCACACAGGGGAGAGGCCGUUCCCCUGCGCAGAGUGCGGAAAGGCCUUCAGGUAUUCUUCUCACCUGCUGACCCACUUGCGGGUCCACACGGGGGAAAGGCCAUUCAGCUGCCCCAAGUGCGGGAAGGCCUUCAGGAAUUCCUCCAACCUUCUGACCCACUUGCAGGUCCACACGGGGGAGAGGCCAUUCCCCUGCCCCGAGUGUGGAAAGGCCUUCAGCAAUUCCUCUACCCUGCUAAGGCAUCAGCGCGUCCACACGGGGGAGAAGCCAUUCCCCUGCUCCACGUGUGAGAAGGCCUUUAGCAGUUCCUCUGCACUGCUGAGGCACCAGCGGGUUCACACAGGGGAGAGGCCAUUCCCCUGCCCUGAGUGUGGGAAGACCUUCAGCAAUUCCUCUGACCUGUUGAGGCACCGGCGGGUCCACACGGGGGAGAGGCCCUACAACUGCCUCGAGUGUGGGAAGGCCUUUACCCAGGCCUCUGCCCUGCUGAGCCACCAGCGGAUCCACACGGGGGACAAGCCCUUCAGCUGCCCUGAGUGCGGGAAGGCCUUUACCCAGUCCUCCCACCUGCUGACCCACCGGCGGGUCCACAUGGGUGAAGAGGCCAAUCCCCUGCCCAGAGUGCAGGAAAGCCUUCAAAGAUUCCUUCAACCUGCUGACCAAUCGGCAGGUCCACACGGGGGAGAGGCCAUUCCCCUGGGUGGAGUGCGGGAAAGCCUUCAUGUAUUCUCCUCAUCUGCUGACCCACAGGUGCGUGCACACGAGGGAAAGGCCCUUCAGCUCCUGAAACAGUUAUACUGUGUGGAAAGUGGAAUUCACAGCAAGGAGGAGCGUUUGUGUGCAGCUGAAGCUUCGGCUAUGGAGAAACCCGAAGGAUCCCGCCUUGUGGAGAAACCAUGGAAAUGUGGCGACUGCGGGAAAGGUUUCUGUGUCCCGUCUGCCCUGGAAAUUCAUCGUCGCAGUCACACCGGGGAGAGACCAUUCUCCUGCCCUGAGUGUGGGAAGGCCUUCAGUGAUUCCUCCAACCUCCAGACUCACCGGCGGGUUCACACAGGGGAGAGGCCAUUUCCAUGCCCUGAGUGCGGGAAAGCAUUCAGCAGUUCCUCCACCCUCCUGAAGCACCAGCAGGUCCACACAGGGGAGAGGCCCUUCAGCUGCCCAGAGUGUGGCAAGGGCUUUGCACGGACCUCCACCCUGCUGGCCCACCGGCGGCUCCACACCGGGGAGAGGCCCUUCAACUGCCCCGAGUGCAGGAAGACCUUCACCAAUUCCUCCUCCCUCCUGAGGCACCAGCGGGUCCACAAUGGGGAGAGGCCAUUCAGCUGUCCGGAGUGUAGGAAAGCCUGCAGCUGUUUCUCCGACCUGCUGGCCCACCGGCAGGUCCACGCUGGGGAGAGACCCUUCAGCUGCCCCGAGUGCGGGAAGGGCUUUACCUAUGCCUCCAGACUGCUGACCCACCGGCGGAUCCACACCGGGGAGAGGCCCUUCAGCUGCCCUGAGUGCAGGAAGGGUUUUACCCAGGCCUCCAACCUACUGACCCAUCUGCGGGUCCACACGGGGGAGAGGCCCUUCAGUUGCCCUGAGUGCGGGGAGGGCUUUACCCAGGCCUCUCACCUGCUGACCCACCGGCGGGUCCACACCGGGGAGAGGCCGUUCAGCUGCCCUGAAUGUGGGAAGGACUUUACCCAAGCUGCCACCCUGCAGACCCAUUGGCGGAUCCACACCAGGGAGAGGCCCUUCAGCUGCCCUGAGUGUGGAAAAGCAUUCAGUGAUUCCUCUGACCUGCUGAAGCAUCAGCGCGUUCACACGGGGGAGAGGCCAUUCCCCUGCGCAGAGUGUGGGCGCAGGUUUACGUGUUCCAGCAACUUGCGGAGGCACCAGCGGGGGCAUCAGUGCUCCAAACAAUCAGAUCCCCCUGGUGACGCUGCUGUGGGUCACUCCCAGGACUGAACCCUUGCCUGUUAUGACAGUGGGUGGGCUUUUACUUGGUUUCUGCGGGACUGGACGGUCUCUCCCUCACAUCUCCCUCCCCCCACCCCAUCUUUGCUCCCUGUCGGCCUCUUCAAAGGGCUUAAAUUAUUGCUAUUAAUUAAACUAUUUUGUUUAACUUUGCCCUAAUAAAGUUGUAUUCAUAAUUGUUAAUUUUUGUUUAAAUUAUAAUUUAAACUGCUCCUGAGGCUAUAAUUUGAUUUUAUUAAUGGAAUUGAAAUUCUUCCAAUUGUUUUGGUCAGAUUUUAGCCCAACCUUCAAAGUGUCAGCCUGAAGGUCUGGAUUAUUAGCCCAGUAAUGUUAUCUUAGCACCACCAUAUCUCCCGAACAGCCAUACAAAAAAAUCUUGUCUUGUAACCACAGUAAUGGGUCAGUUUUCUGUGGUGAGUAACCCAGCGUUGGACUCCCUUGUCGACUGUCUAUGUUGCACAAAGCUGGUUAUGAUGGAAUACUUUGCAUUUGCUGAGAUGAGUACAUUCCAACCAGUCAAAAACCCUGAUGCCAUUCAGAACAAACGAAGUAAGAUUUGGGGCAGGGUAGACAAAGUUAAACAUCACACAACAACAGGUUGUAGUCCAACAGGUUUAUUUGGAAGCAGUAUCUUUCAGAGCGCUGCUCCUUCAUUGGGUAUUUGUGGAGUUUAAGAUCAGAAUUUAUUGCAAAACAUUAUAGUGUCCUACCACUGAAAUGAUAUAUUGAACAAACCUGGAUUGUUCAAUCCUUCAUCUUUUAGAAUGGGUUGCAGGUAUCAUUAAUAUGUAAAUCCCAGAAGUACUUGGAAGUCACCUCCUUGAGAUAACUUAAGGUUUUAUAACAAAAGAUGACAUCUCAGCUCAGACAAUGCAUUAAAGGUGUGAGGUCAGAAUCUCCGUAUCCCAAUCUUGAGUCAGACGGGUUCUAUUUCCAAAGUGAAAUUUACAAAAUAUUACCUGUAUUGUCUGUCUACAGAUUGUGUGCAUUUUUUGAGCAAAAUAGAAUGUAUCUGCAAAUACAAAUUCACCCCAUGACAUGUGUAUGUGCACACACAUGUAUGAGAAAGAGAAAAAUUCUAUUUCUGUGCUGUAUACAGAGGAACCUUGAUUAUUCAGAUGAUUGAUAUUUGGAUAUCGGAUUAUCCGAAGGAGAUCUCGAGGUCCCAAUAAAAACAUUACAUCAAA